CAGCUUCCCUUAUACCAAAAUUAUCCGCAUUAUCCAUUUAUUCCUUACCCAGGAUUUUCUGCAUAUCCGUUUCCGGUUCUACCGGAGCACGUGCGCCAUAAUCCAUUUACUGCGGAAUAUUUAAAAUACAUUCCAAACAUGGGAAUGUUUUCUUCUCAGCAUUUUUCACCACUAUCUCCAUUCCAAGCGAUUUCAAAGAACUCGGAUACUAAACAUGUUGUAGAAUUCACGGAAAACAAUAGUUUUAUAAGUAAAUUGGCGAAAGAGGAAAUGAAAGAUAAUCGUGAAACAAGUUCGCCUAUCAUGCGCACGCCGACGGUGUUCCUUGACAAGGGUUCAGUCAUGGAGGACAAGAAAAAGGACAAAGAGAUGGACACUGUGAAAUAUCAGUGCGAAACGUGCAAUAAAAGUUAUUCUACAUUCAGUGGACUUUCUAAACAUAAACAGUUUCAUUGUGCCCAGGACUCGCAAAAGGAAUUCACGUGUAAAUAUUGUGAAAAGACAUAUGUCUCCUUAGGUGCUCUGAAAAUGCACAUACGUACGCACACUCUUCCUUGUAAAUGUAAAAUUUGUGGUAAAGCGUUUUCACGACCUUGGUUACUGCAAGGUCACGUGCGAACGCAUACCGGUGAAAAGCCAUUCACGUGCGUGCACUGUUUGCGAGCGUUUGCUGACAGGUCCAAUCUACGCGCGCAUCUGCAGACGCAUUCUGACGUCAAGAAGUACAGUUGUAGAUCGUGCAGCAAGACCUUCUCGCGCAUGUCACUUCUGCUUAAACACGAAGACACGUGCAGAAAUAUGACUAUAUGAAUUGUGAUAUUGUAAGAAAAGUUAUCUUGCAAUAUUCGACAUUUUGUGCAAUAAAUAAAACAAUAUGGGUUAUCUAGCUAUUUAAUAAAUUGGUUGGCGUAGGAUCUCGCGCAUGUUCAUUUCAUACUCAAUUGGUUUUUCAUGUCUUGAAACUAUAUCUCUAUAAUUUGUGAUUUAUUUUAUGUGUUUUGCAUUUUCAGUGUAGCAUGACAUAACUUAAAUAUCGAUGUAAUGAAUUAUUUAUUGGGGUAAAAUAAAA